ACGCCUUGGUAUAUACGCCUUAUAUACUAAAAUUGACUGCUUCGUUUGUGUGCUGCUUGUGUUCUCCCGCUUUACUUGCAACGAAUGCGGAGAUAGAAACAUUACUCCUGUCUUGGCCAUGCCUCAUCUGUAGUACAUUGAAGCAUCAUGAAAUCGAACGAAGCGACACCGACGUCUCCGGCUCUCGUCAGCGCUACUAAAGCUGGCAUUACAGGAGUAGGGAGCAAUGGCAAGCUAAAGCAUAGUCCAUCUCUUUUGUUCGACAUCUUGACUGAGGCUGACAAAUCCAAGCAGCAACUGAAGAUCCAGGGGGCUGCCAGAUUAGGCACCAUCAGCACACCCCUGGCGCACUCCUGUUUGAAACACCUUAACAACAGCAGCAACACCACCACCAACAACAACAACAGCGGCAACACCACCACCACCAACAACAACAACAGCGGCAACACCACCACCACCAACAACAACAGCGGCAACAGCAACAGAUAUGACUUUGAGCAACGUCGUCAAGACGAAUCGCAACAACACCAGCAGCCACACCGACAGUCCCCACAGCCCGCUUCCUCCACGUCCCCACCAGCGGUUACCGCAGCAGCAGCAGCACUACCAGCAACAGCAACAACAGCAACCUCAUCAGGUCAGCUGGAUACAACCGCCGCCGCUGCUGCUGCCGCACCUGCCCCGCUAGCCAUAUCCCCUGCCACCACCCCCACCGCUACCACGACCCAAGGCAGCGCCAGCAGCACCAACCUGCCUCCCGGGGACUCUUACCCUGGAGCCAGCAGGGGCACCCACCCCUCCUUCCCCCAGGGCUCCGCCCUCCCCCCGAGUGCCUCCUACCACCCAACAACAACCACCACCACCACCACUGGUACCUACACCGCCGCCAUCACCGCGGCCAGCGCCAACAGCAUCAGUGCUACGCUUGCGGCGGUAGGCGGCACCGCAACUGCAACCGCAACCACCGCAACCGCAACCGGUCAACUAUACGGCGUCGUCGGCGGGGGUGUUGGCGGCGGCGGCGCUUGCAGCAGCGGGGUGGGUACUGCCCGGGGCGAGGACAGCAGUGCUGCUGCGACGGCGGCGGUGGUGGGUGAUGCGACAGAAAGGGGGCAGGUUACGGGGAUAGAGGAGGAGGAGGAGGAGGCUGCUGGGGAGCGGACUCAGCAGCAGCAGCAAGCCGCUCCUGUGUCGGGAGGAGCAGGGGCGGCGGGGUUGUUGGAGGAGGCGGGCGGUGAUCCUGCUGCUGGGGCUGCUGGGGCUGGCACUGCCGUUGCCGCCCCUGCUGCUGGGGCUGCUGCCCCUGCUGCUGGGGCUGUGGGAAGCAGCGGUGAGGGCCCUAUGGAGGAAGAGGCGGGCGGGGGUGAGGACCCGCUAGCGGAGUUCACUCCCCGAGUGAUUCUGCAGGAGCUGCUAGGCGAGUUGUUCAUCCCGCCCGAGCAGCUCACCGCGCAGGGCACCUUUGGGCAGGGGGCCUUCGCCACCGUGCAAAGCUGCAGUCUUGACGACCCCUCCGGCGGCCCCCGGCAGCUGGUGGCGGUCAAGUCGCUAAAGCCGGAGGUGCUGGCGGACCUGGAUGACCUGAGGCGCUUCCUGCUGGAGGCCAACCUGGUGCGCAAGCUGAGACACCCCCACAUCGUGUCGCUCCGCGGCAUUGGCGCCCACGACCUGACCUCCCUGGAGUCGCUCCGCCGCUCCGCCUACGUGGUGAUGGAGGGGCUGCAGGGGGGCGACCUGCGCAUGAUGGUGCUGAGACAGAUGACAUGUCGCUCCCCCGCCUACUCCCGCCUGGAUGCCCUCCGCUGGUGCUCCCACAUCGCAGCCGCCGCCGCCUACCUGCACCACACCUGCAGGCCGCUCGUCAUUCACCGCGACCUGAAACUGGAGAAUGUGCUGUUGACGGGCGGACCCACGGACCGACGAGUGGCCAAGAUCACGGACUUUGGGCUCCACAAACGAGCCCGCUACAGCCGAACGGAGGACGUGUUGAUUGCGGUGACUAACGAAUGGAGCGUACGAGCGGGCAGCGUGUACCGGCAACAGCAGCUAGCGGCGGCGGCAAUGCAAGGGGGACAGCAAGGGGGACAACAACAGCUAAACCCGCAGCAGCAGCAGCAUAACCGGUUUUCGCAGCAGCAGGGGGGUUAUUUCACAGGCGGAGGCUGCGGAGGCUGGGGCGGUGGUAACGCUAUGCAAGAUGUCAGCGGUAGCGGCAGGGCGGGGGAGAGAUCUGUGUACGACGGAGGCAAGGACGUGUCGUACUAUGGUGGCAGUGUGUAUGCGGGGAACAUGUUCUCAGGGGCCGCAGGAGGACCCUCCAACCAUCGCGCAGGCAGUGGCCCCGCCGCCACUGCCAGCAGUCACCACCACCACCACAGCCAAGGCAGCAACCACCACCACCCUCAUACCCAGCAUUUCACCAGCAAUAAUCCGAGCCAUCGCUCCCAUCAGCAGCAGCAGGCCAACCGCAGCACAAGUGCGCAUUACGCCGCACUAGCAGCGGCAGGCAUGGCAGCGGCAGCGGCGACGGCGACGUCAUCGGCGGCGUCGGCGGCAGACCCUUCUCUUGGGCGCGUCAGGGGCGGCGGCGCCGCCGCCAGCGCACUCGCCGCCGCCGCCGCCGCUGCUAAUGCCAAUGCCAACGCCGGCGGCGGCAGCCUUUCUCGAGUGCAGUCCAGGGAAGGUUUGGCAGCAAUGGCGGAAAGCGGCCGUACGUCAUUGUACGGCAACAACGGCAGCGGCGGCUUUGGCGACCGAGAGCGGCCGUACCUCCUCGCGUACGAUAGAAGGUACGACAUGCUCGAAAAGCUCGGAAGCAACGUCAAGAAGAUAAGCAGCGUCAACAGCCUUACCGACUUGCAUGAGGCCGCCGCCGUCGCCACUACCUCCGAGCCAACUUCUUCUUCAGCAGCAGCAGUAGCGGUGCCGUCGCCGCCGUCAUUGCCGUACGGUCAGCCGCCUCCGUCGCCCCCAGGUUUGUCGACUCGACCGCCUAACGGCUGGGCGCCGCCGAAUGUCGUACCUCCCGCCGCCGCCGCCGCCGGCAUGGAGGAAUCCGUACAUCGUAAGAUGAUGGCGUUAAUGGCGCUGGAGGCGGCGGCGGCGGCGACAGCGACGUCGUCGGGAAUAUCGGCGGCGGAGGGCACGAUGACGGCGAUUCGGAGCUCUCCGAGCUGUUGUGAGGGCAGUGUUGGUGGUGGCGGUAGUGUUGGGAUGCAAGCUGGAAUGGGAGGUGAAGGAAACGAUGCGACGGUGGCGGGCCGCGGGGGCGAAGAUGAGGCGCCGUUUUCAGUUACGGAGUAUGUACGAGCAGCAACUGCUGCGGCGGCGGCGGUGGCGGCGGCGGCGGAGGGAGGAGGAGGAGGAAGAGCCGAUGGUGAUACGACAGGUCAGGACCGGCCGUCCGCUGUCAUGAUCAUGCGGUCUAUGAACCUUGCAUUACAGCAGCAACAACAACAACAACAGCAACAACAACAACAACAGCAGGAGGCACAGGAGAGGAGCUACCACGGCGGCGGCGGCAGUGCUGCUGAGCACCAGCAGCAGCAGCAGCUAUCGCUACCGCCGGCAGCGCCUGCAGCAGCAGCACCCCCCUGCCUACCUCCACCUCCUCCUCGCCCCACUUCUACCUCCACCUCCUCCUCGCACUCCCACCACCAUCACCACCAUCCUUCUCACAUGAAGACCGUUCCGGAACACAACCGAAUGAGUAUGGAUGUAGCCUCCCUGCCCAAAUUUAGAGCUGGCGGCGGUGGCGGUGAUGGUGGCGUCAGAGGCGGUGUCGGCGGCAGCAGCAGCCAUGGAGGCGGCUCCGGAACCCCACCUUCAACGCUGGUGGGUCGUGCGGAGGCUGUGACGGCUGCCCCCACUGCGACUGCUGCUGGCUCAAACAGCAAGGCGACGACGGCGGCGGCGCCAGCGACAGUGACAGCUGCGGUGGCGGCGGCAGCGGCGGCAGGCGGCGGUUCUGUCCGGAGGGAUGCAGGGGGGGUGAAGGGGCAGCGGGAGGCGUACGCUUCUGCGGCGGCUCGGUUGGCGGACGCAACUCGGCAGGUGGGCAGCCUCAUCUACAUGGCUCCCGAGCUCGUGCUAUCCGGGAACUACAACGAAAAGGUUGAUGUGUUUUCCUUUGCCAUCAUGGCCUACGAACUCUUCACGGGCAAGCUGCUGGCGAUCAAGGUCGCCCAUGAAUUCGCUUUCCGCCAAAUGAAGUCACAAUCCCAACACCGCCGCGACAACAACAACAACAACAAGAACAACAGCAGCAACCCGCAGCAGCAGCAGCACCACCCCAGCAGCUCCCCCCUGCCCCCUGCGGAGUCGGACGCCGAGGCGGGAGUCAUGGCGUACGUCAUGCGUCGAAGUUGCGGUGGCGAGCGGGAGGUGCUGCCGGGUUGGUGGCCGGAGGAGCUGCGGGGGCUGCUGGGCCGCUGCUGGGCGCAUGACCCCGCGGAGCGGCCCAGCUUUAAAGCGAUCCACUCCGAGCUGCUGCGCAUGCAGUCGGAGGGCGCCCUAGCUGGCAUGGACUCCAGGGACCCCGCGAGGGCACCCGGGUGCGGCUGCUGCAUCAGCUAGGGGGGGGGUGCAUGCGUCAGCUAGGGGGGGGGGGAGUGCAUGCAUCAGCUAGGGGGGGGUGCAUGCGUCAGCUAGGGCGGGGAUAUAAGGAAGCUGACGAACUCCUUCAGGGGGGUCCAGCGGGGGGGAGUGCAUGCGUCAGCUUCUCAGGUAGCGGAUGUUGCUACUACUAGGUGUGCCAUUUUAGGUGCCGUUUAGGUGCCAUUUCAGGUGCCGUUUUACAGUGGGGCUGGUUGAAUGCUGUACGACACACACCGGUGAACACAUGUACAUGUAUACGACAGAAGCUUCACCCUGUGGUAGGGGGAAAGGUCUCGAAAGUUACUGUUGUAAAACGUUUUUAGGGUGCUGUCGCGAACUAAUUAGCAGUGUUGUGGAUACUGCAUCCUCUCGAAUACGUACAUCGCUGUUACUUUGGAGUUGCGUGGCUCGGCUUUUGUCUUCCACGGACUGUGUCAUGGACGUUUUCGAAUUUGGUUCGGUGGUAUCCUCCCAUGGUGGCAACGUGGACAGCAAUGUGGAUGGAUGUCGUUUCACUUGUCCGGUAGCCGUGCAUGGCUUAAUCCAGCAAAGUCGGGCACGUAUGCUGUGAUAGGCAUGGAGUAGGACCUGGAGAGUUGGGGAGGUGGUAGCAUAACCAGGCCAAUAAGAGGCAAGUUAAGCAGUGUGGGGCAUUUGGGUCACAUUGGGCACUCCUGAGUUGCGUUGUGGCGCAUUAGGCACCUAAACCAAGAGGCGGCAUUUACCGAACCCACCAUUGUACCAAGUCAAGUUAGC